AUGCGUGUUGAGUGCAAGAGCUAUCGUUUGACGGUGGAAGAUCCGGUCUCAUUGGAGUACAUAGCUCGAUAUACUGCUCAAGUGAAACAAAAAUAUACGCAAAGCAAUGGUCGAAGGCCGUUUGGUGUUGCCACUCUAAUAGUUGGAUUCAAUCAAGAUGGCACGCCUCACCUUUAUCAGUCUGACCCUUCUGGGACCCACUUUGAAUGGCUGGCCAAUGCCAUUGGCAAGGGUUCCAAAGUGGCUCGUGAAUUUCUCGAGAAAAACUAUAAUGAGCAAGCAGUGUCAGACGAACCAGGGACGGUGAAGUUGGCUGUUAAAUCACUGAUGGAGGUUAUGCAGUCUGGAGCAAAACACAUGGAAUUGGCGGUAAUGCGUUGGAAGCCGCCAGCCAAGCCUGGUGAUCCGUUUGUUGAGUGGCAGUUGUUGGAACACGACGAAAUCGACAAAUAUGUACAGGCUAUCGAGAAGGAGCGAGAAGAAGAGGCGGAGAGAAAACGGCAAAAGAAAGAGGCAACAACUGCUCACUAA